CAUGGUCCAUACCCAGAGACGUCUGAAAGCAGUGCAGUGACAAACUCUGGCCCGCAUCCUGUCAAGCGCAAGAAGCGAAAAUUCAAAUGACAGAUAAGACAGAAGCGUAUCUCUUUGGCCGAAGAAUUCGCACACCUCUACAAACGAACAUCCUUCUCGCUAUAGCCGAUUGCCGAGUCACGAGUUUUAUCCCCCGCAAUCCUCAUUUCACCCCCAGCUUUUCAUAAUUCUCGGUUUGGUCAUCGUUGACAUUUCCCACCACGAAAAUAAGGCGCGCUGGUAUCGACAUGACCGCGAUGCAGCAUGGCAAUGGGCACGAAAACACCAACCCUCCGGGCUUCUCUGUCCUCGAGGAGAGCCAAGGCCACGAGUCGGAAGAGGGCGGAGGAAAUGAACCUACAAGGAGAGUCAGAAGGCGGACCGGGCCUUUCAAACGAUCUAGAACGGGGUGUGGCACAUGCAAGAGGCGGGGUAAAAAGUGCGAUGAAGAGUGGACGCCUCAAGGUCAUUGCCAGAGGUGCAUCAUUGGGCAAUUCGAAUGCAGCGGUCGAACCAAUAUCCAAAGUAAAUCAGCUGCCAGAAGAGCUCAGCAGCAGCAGAGGACAAAGAAUAUGAGCGAGAACAACCUGCAGCGGGAGAGCAGCGAAAGUCAGUGGUCGUCUACGGAUGCGCAACCCUCAGGCUCGGUCUCCGCCACUCAUAACCAUUCUCAUGUGGAUCAAAGCUCCAUGCAGGCAGCGACAGGGCAACAGUUCUUGUCAAAUUCAACUCCUGCGUCUUCGAACCACAACCACCAAACACCUCCCAACCCCCUUGGCACUACUUCGUCAUCCACCCAGCAGCAGGCCAACGUCCCAUUCGCAUGGUACAACCCCACGCACGCACCUCCCACUGCCCCGCAUCACGAUCCGACAACAUUCUUGACUAUCGACCACUCGCAGUCCCUCCUUGACUGGGCGUCAAUGUUUGGCAAUCAACCUUCAACGUUCUUGGCGAGCUCGACAGAGUGCGGGGCACUGGGGCUUGAGUCGAUCAUGCCAUGGAGUGGAGGUUCUAAUGGGGAUGCGACUACCACUGCAAGUGGAGGUGGGAGUGGAAGCACGGGCGGGAGCGGGGUUCAGGUCGGGGAUGGAUUGUGGAAUGAUGGGGUAUUUGGAGUGCCGAACCAACCAGGAUCAAACGGACCGAAUCAGGGCGGAGUAGGUCAGGUUGUUAACGGGAUUAGCCCGAAUACGGCAGACAAGCAUAUGAGGGAUGGAGUAUCUCUAUCUGACCUUUAUGUGCGCGUUCUCGAAUCGUGGCUUGUCGGAAUUCCCUCUUCCACCCGUGAAAACGCCCAGUCACGAUUACGGACCUACAACGAGAAUAGUGGUGUCAUGCAAUUCAGUAGACACGCCCUCGCAAGAGCAUACAUGACACUAUUCUCCUCUUCCAUGUCUCAAGUCUACCCUUUAUCCCAAUUCGCCGAUCUUUUCCCCAAAUCUCCGAGGAACAUGAACAACCUCCAAGACUUUCCCAUUCCUGAUCUGAUAUCAGAAUUCAAUGUUCAUCUCCCCCGUGAUCCUAAAGGGAAAGGGAAGGAAAAGACGUAUGAAGCUGGGCAAUUGGAAAGGAGGAUGAGAGAGUAUGAGCAAAAGGUGGUAACGAGGUUGAAUGCGGAUGAAGAGGGUUUGAAAUGGAUUGAAGAUGAAACGACGUUGUUGAGAGAAGUUAUCGUCACUAACCCGUCUCAUCUUGCCGAGCUAUUAUGGGGCGUGAUGAACCUUCGGCAUGUGGAGUAUAUCCGAUCAGGUGCUUCACAAUCGUACAAUGUGCUCGCACUGGGUGACCGACUCAUUCGCUCUGCCCUGGGAAGCAAUCACCCUCCAAUAACAUUAUCCCAACUACGAACGGCAGAGACAUGGUCGGUAAGGAUGUUUGCGACUGCAGAUAUAGGGCGAUGUAUCGUCGAAAGAGGUCGUAAAACCAUAUUUAACUUUUGGUCAGACAUCCCUACCGAUCCGAACCCCCCUUCCCCCUCCCAGGAAGAGCCAUGGUCCUUCCACCUCGGUCUUCCCGACUCCAUCCUCAUCCUCCUUGCCGAAAUCAUCAAUCUUUCCUCUUCCGUCUCCUCCUUAUCCUCUCUCUCCGUCAAGACCCAAGCGGACGAAUUGGAAAAAGCAAUCAGAGGAUGGCAGUCUCAUCAGGUGGAUAUGAGCGAAGGGAUGGAAAGCGGAGUGAGGAUGGAGAGAAUCGUGGUGGGUGAAUUGUGGCGCCUCUCGGCGCUCGUGUUACUGUACGAGUCUGUUCAUAAAGUUGGAGGUUUACAUCCCGUUUUGCGUAAUGCGCGAUACGAGCUCCUCAAUUUACUAGACUCACUUACUCCUCUCACCCAAGAUCGUCCACCAAACCAUACGGCUCUCCCUGCUUUUCUUGCGGCAACGCUCUCAACGAGCUGUCAGGAUCGACAUCGCUCAAUGAUGCAUUUGUUGAGAGUGGGGCCGGAAAAAGUAUGGAUGGAUAAUGUGGCGGUGGUGGAGAAGGUAUGGGAAGAGAGCGAUACGAGUGGGGUGUUGCCUGAUUGGUGGGAUAAGAUGAAACGAGAAGGGAUGAGCGUAGCUUUUUUCUGAAAAGAAAAAGAGGGCCCCAUCAACACAUUUGUAGAUCAGUCGUAUCUUUCGGGAAUAGUACUUUAAUGUGCA